GUUCAACCCGGAAACUGUACGAGAAGAAAAUCUAUGAAUAUGAGAGCCAGAGAACCAAGUUUCCCGCCGCCGGGGCUGUGGGCUCCUCUUACACCUGUGGAGACAAUUACGGGAACCAGGACUACCCCAGACAGGAUGAAGAGGAGGACUUGGAAGAAGUUGACUAUGACAAUUACUAUGAAGAGAGCUACUCGACUACCAAGACUUAUCGGGAGGCUGAUGAUGAUGCAGCCGCCCCGUUUGCCAAGGCCAGGACCAGCCUCCAGGAUCCCCUGCCACCCACAAGUUUCAGCAGCGACAGUCCCAAGAAGCCCACCUACCACCUGCGCCAGCGAAUAAGAGAGAACUUUCUCUACCCCUUGUCCCAGGAGGAGGACGUAGACAGGUAGGUGGAGGGUCACCACCCCUCGCCGCUCCUGCCCGUGUCUCACAAUUGGCACGAGCAAGGCUGAGUGAUGGAGUGGGGCCGCCGCCACCGCCCAGCAUUCAUUCCGCAGAAGUUCUUGGAACAAGCACCAAAAGGUGCCCAGCUUCUCGGCAGGGGUGCGAUGGCCAGUCUUGGGACAUACGCCCAACAGGGAAUGAGCGA